AGCUUUUGGUUUCGAAGAGAAGGAUAUUGAAGCAAACUUGUUACGCUCCAAAUGGUGUAUAAAUACACAUGAUUAUAGCACUACUCCGCUAUGAGUCAGAUAACAAACAAACCUUCCCAUAGAAAAAGAAAACCACAUACAAAAUCAGCCACAACUUUUUCAAUAAUGGCGAACGAAAACUCGAGCUUCCAAGAAUUAGCCAUAGGAACUACGGUUAGCUUCAAAAGGGGGAGUACCGGAGAGCGGUUUCAUGGAUCGGUCUUCUAUUUUAGCCCACAAUUAAAUGGUUCCCUUUUUGGAAUCCAGAACGGUGUGUGGAGGGUGGAUGGAAGAUAUGAACGUAUCUCAGGGUUUAACCACUUCAAUCUAAACGACAUCACGGAGUUGCAAGUGAAUGUAGUUCCUAGGCAAAACCCCAACACUCAGGAUGCUCAAAACAAUAAUAAUAAUGAUGGAUCUUCAUCCAAGUCAAUUGAGAGCAAAAUGGGAGCCCUCCGCCUUGAUCCACCUUCGAAGUGACUUGUUUACACACAAUUACAUUUCUCUGAGUUGUUUUCCAUAAACAUACAUAUAUGAACCAUAUCAACCAGAUAAAUAGUUUAAAAACGUCCAUUACUACAAUACAUAGAUAAUCUAGUAAGAUUGUCUGCUUUGAUUUUAAUUAAUUAAUUAAUAAAUGUAUUACUCUUCGGUUAA